GCAGUUUUUACGGGGGAACGCUGGUAGUUCUGUGUUCUGCUGAGCGUUUAUCAAUGUUUAUCGAAAUUUGUUUUAAAUUUUGUGUUUCCAAAAAGAAAAUCUAGAUCUGGGAUUACGACGUCACAAGAUGAACAGGGUGAAACAAUUAAAUAGCGACUAUCGUAACACUAUUCGAAUUUAAUGAAGUAUCCCAAUGUUAGCGACAGUAAAACCUGGAGUGCACCAGUUGAUAUCUCCGGCCGUUUCAUCUGGUAUGAAUCGAUAUGUGACGUUAAGUCAAUUAGGAGAUGGUACCUAUGGAAGUGUAAUGUUGGGACAGCGACUGGACACUGGGGAGAAAGUAGCAAUUAAGAGGUGGUGAGUGAUGUCUUUUUGCCAACAAAGCCCAGCUAUGCAUGCUGAUUUAUAAAAAUGCCUUAAAAUUUAUCUUCUUUCAAGAAUGGGUAUUAUGUCUAAACGCUACAAGUUUGUGAACACGCUGGGUAAUGGCACAUAUGGCACUGUAUUACUGGCAUUCAACAUAGAAUCGGGGGAAAAGGUGGCUAUUAAAAGAAUGAAAAAGAAAUAUCACUCAUGGGAAGAAUGCAUGAAUCUGAGGGAAGUAAAGUCUUUGCAGAAACUUAGUCAUGCUAAUUUGGUGAAAUUAAAAGAAGUCAUCAGGGAAGACAAUACUCUUUAUUUUGUGUUUGAAUAUAUGAAAGAGAAUUUAUAUCAAUUAAUAAAAAGCAGGGAUAAUCCAUUUUCUGAAAAUGUGAUAAAAAAUAUUCUUUUCCAAAUCUUACAAGGUCUAGCUUUUAUGCAUAAACAUGGCUUUUUUCACCGUGAUAUCAAACCAGAAAAUUUGCUGUGUAAAGGGCCUGAGCUCAUAAAGAUAGCAGAUUUUGGUCUUGCUCGGGAGAUCAGAUCUAGACCCCCGUACACAGACUAUGUUUCAACCAGAUGGUAUAGGGCUCCUGAAGUGUUACUAAGGGCAACAAAUUACAAUUCCCCUAUUGAUAUGUGGGCCGUAGGUUGCAUCAUGUCAGAACUGUAUACGUUACAGCCCUUGUUUCCAGGAAGGACUGAAAUUGACCAGGUCUUUAGGAUAUGUUCAAUUUUAGGAACUCCAGAUCAACGAGAUUGGCCUGAUGGCUACAGAUUGGCAGCAGAAAUGAAUUUCAAAUUUCCUCAAUUCAAAGAAAUGCCAAUCAGUUCCAUUGUUAGGAAUGCUGGUCAGGAUGGUUGUACAUUACUGAAAGAUCUCUUGAGGUGGAAUCCUGACAAAAGGCCGACAGCCGUCAUGGCUGCUCGUUACCCUUAUUUUCAAAGUGGUUUUAAACCCAUGGCUCAGACAAACCGUCGUGUUUCUGCCUACAAUCGUCACCUUCCAGAUUCAUAUCAAGAUAUUUCAAAACUGAAACCUUCUGAGGAAAAGUCAGCAUAUAGAAGACGAUGGGGUGGUCAGUUGACGCAUGAAAAUGAGCCGUCAGAUUCUGAAAACAGCAUUGAUAGGGAAAAAAUCAAGCCAACUCAUGAAGUUGCUCGUUUUUCUGCAAAGCAACAAUUUUUGGGGAAGCCAGGAAUCUACAGUAAUCAAAAUUCAAGAAAUGUAAUGUACAAUGAUUCUGCAAGAUUGAAACGAACAGGUCACUUCAAUGCUACUCCUUUCCAACCUUCAACUUUUGAUCGUAGAAACUCCCAGUCAUCUGUCAGUGGAACUCCAGUACAAAAACCCGUCCAAAGUUAUGGUCGAUCUUCCAAUCAGGUUUUUUCAAUACCUGGGAAAAUAGACUGGAGUGCUAAGUAUUUGAAUUGAAAAAGCAGCCACUGCCACUUUCCCGUCCAGCUCCCUUUUGAGACAGUGGGUCUCGAGUCUAGUCAUUUUCUGACUCCAGUGUUUCGAAGAGCUCCGAUAAUUUUUGCUCCAAGAGGAUGAAAAGACAGAAUAUUGAGAACUGUGUCAAUAUCAAAUCUCGUCAUGGUGCUGUGAUGCAAAAAUUCAGGAAUUUUCAUUCAAAAUAUUGCCAAAAGUGAACAAUUGGUUUUAUCUCUCAUAACAAAGAUUUUUUAAUUUGUAUAUAUGUUUGUAGAACAUUUGCUUUUAUUUUUGUGAACAUUUUUUUUUCUUUUCGGUCUUAAAAAUAUAAAUAGGUAUCUAGCUCAUAAAAUUCCACAAAAAAAAAAAAAAAAAAAAAAAAAAAAAAAAAACUUCAAUCUUACUUAUAAAUUCAUUCAAAUGUAAUUUAUCUACACAACUUUUAUAUUGUUUUAUUAUUUAUUUUUUUAUGCAAAAUUAUUUAUUGAUUGACGUAUUGAUGUUAUUAGUAUACCUUAUUUUGACAAUAUAGCAUUAACAAAUUUAUUACUCAAAAAACAUUGUUGAGUAAGGUAUUUUGAAAUCAAAGGCAGCUUGUUAAAAAUUCUGUGUAACAUUUUACUUUAUCUGCAUUAUGUUUGUUAGCUUUUUUUAAAACUCUGAAUAACUGCAGUUUAUCCAUGCCCAGGGGCGUGGAGUCUGAGGGUGCUGUUGUGCUCCAGCACCCCCAAUAUAUUUGUGGGUGUGCACAGCAGGCAAAAGAAAAAAGGGACCGAAAUUAAAAAUCUAUUUCCUAAAUAAGGAUGACCUUUAGGCUACAGAUUGGCAGCCACAAAAGUUGCUUGUUUUUUUUUAUUUUCAAUGAGCUUUUUUUUUAUAUUUCGUCCCACCACCAAAGUAAAAAAUCCUAACCUUUCAUGAAAUUUAUUCAAACUUAUUCAUCCCUUAAGUGUUUUUAAUCAUUUAUUUGAUAUACUGUCAGCCCCGCUUAAUUGAGUAACGGAUAAACGAAUACCCCGCUUAUACAAAUGAAACCUCCCAGAACCGAAUAUUUUCCCCUAGACGCAAUGUUAAAGAUCCCUGUUUAAUCAAAUAAUUUCCUCGGAUAAUCAAAUAAUAUUUAUCAGCUUUUGUAAAUAUUUUUGUUGAGAAAAAUUUUAAAUAAAUUAGAGAGAAAUUAAAGUAAAAACAAUUAUUGACGUGAAAAUAUAAAGUGAUAUUUAUUGCUGACAACGGGCGAGAAAAACAGCAUUCAUAUUUCAUCAAAAUGUUUCCACUAUUCUAUCAAUUUUCUUUUGUCUUUGUCAUUACAAAAAAAAAAAAAAAAAUAGUGCAGUCAAUAAUUAAAUUAAAUAGCACAAAUAAAUAUUCUCAUUUUAGAUGAUGAUAAAUAUUAAAUGUAAGAUACGGUAGACGAGGAGGGGAAAAAGGGAGUCAGAAAAGUGUUCCCAAAAGACUUAGAGCAAGCAAUCCCCUAUUAUGGAAUUAAAAAAAAUAAUAACUUACUGAAAAAAGGUGCCAAAACAAAGAUUUAAAACCUCAAGUUGUAAAUGACAUUUUAUAAUUUUCAUACGUACUUGUAAUACAAAAACAAACUAUUGAAAUAUUUUGUUUAUUUAGCUUAUUUCAAAAACGUUUUAGCAAUAACAUAUUUCCUUUACAUAGCUAUUGAUCUAUUAUUAUUAUUAUUAUGUUUCAAGACAAAUGUUGUCAAUUUAGAAAGGUAA